AUGAAACGGACCAGAAAUCCUAACUAUGAAGGUAGCUCUAGUGAUGAGGACAAUGGUGACUUUGAUAUUGCAAAAAAUUUAAUUGCUGUGGGAAGUAGUGAUAGUGAAAGUAAUAAUAGUAAUAGUAACAAUGAAGAUGUAGAUAUUCCUGAUAUUAUUGAAUAUAGUGACGAAGAAGAAGAAGAAGAAAGUGAUGAUACACAUGAAAAUAGCAAUAAUAAACAAAAGAACUAUGUUAAAAAGAAUAAACAAAGUAUUAAAUCUUUCCCUAAUUUAGAUACAAUUGAUGUGGAUAAAGGUACUAAUGAUAAUGGCGAUGAGAACAAUGACGAUGACGAUGAUGAUGAUAUUGAUUCAUACUUUUCAACCACAAAUACUACUUCCAAUUCUAAACACAAGAAAGGUUCUUUUGCAAGUUUUGGUUUAUCUAAACAAAUUCUUUCAAAUAUUAAAAGAAAGGGGUUCCGUCAACCAACUCCUAUUCAAAGAAAGACUAUACCUUUAAUUAUAUCUAAUAGAGAUAUCGUUGGUAUGGCAAGGACUGGGUCUGGUAAGACUGCUGCCUUUAUUCUACCAAUGAUUGAGAAAUUGAAGACCCAUUCAACAAAAAUCGGUGCAAGAGCCAUAAUAUUGUCUCCAUCAAGAGAAUUGGCUCAACAAACUUUUACAGUUUUCAAAGAAUUUGCAAGAGGCACAGAAUUACGUGCUGUCUUAUUAACUGGUGGUGACUCCCUGGAAGACCAAUUCUCUAUGAUGAUGUCUAACCCUGAUGUUAUUAUUGCUACUCCAGGUAGAUUCUUGCAUUUAAAAGUAGAAAUGUCUUUAGACUUGAAAAGUGUGGAAUAUGCAGUGUUUGAUGAAGCUGAUAGAUUAUUUGAAAUGGGAUUUCAAGAACAAUUAAAUGAAUUAUUGGCUGCUCUGCCACAACAGAGACAAACUCUGUUGUUUUCUGCUACUUUACCAAGUUCUUUAGUCGAGUUUGCCAAAGCUGGGUUAACUAAUCCUGUCUUGGUUCGUUUAGAUGCAGAACAAAGAAUAUCCGAAAAUUUACAAAUGCUGUUCUUGUCCACAAAAAAUGAUGAAAGAGAAUCUACUUUAUUAUACAUCUUACAAGAUGUUAUUAAAAUUCCCUUAGCUACUCCUGAGCAAUUGCAAAAGUGGGAUAAAGCAGAGCAAGGAUUGGAUGAGUCAGACAGUGAAGAGGAAGAAGAAGAAGAUGAUGAUGAUGAUAAACAUGCGAAUCAAAAGAAAAAGAAGAAAUUAAAUAAAAAAUAUCUUCAAAAAAAGAGACAAAAAUUAUCUUCUCCGACGGAAUUACCUUCAGAAAAAGCCACUAUCAUAUUUGUCCCAACUAGACACCAUGUUGAAUAUAUUUCUGAAUUGUUGAAAAACUGUGGCUAUCUGGUUUCAUACAUCUAUGGUUCUUUAGAUCAAACCGCUCGUAAGGCUCAACUUUACAAUUUUAGACUUGGCUUAACUUCAAUUUUAGUAGUGACAGAUGUUGCAGCAAGAGGUGUAGAUAUCCCCAUGUUACCAUAUGUUAUCAAUUACUCCUUACCAUCUUCUUCUAAAAUUUUUGUACAUCGUGUUGGUAGAACUGCUAGAGCUGGGAAUAAAGGUUGGGCAUAUUCUAUCGUUGCUGAAAACGAACUACCUUACUUAUUAGAUUUAGAAUUGUUCUUGGCCAAGAAAAUCUUAUUGACACCAAUGUAUGAGACAACUUGUGAUAUUUUGAGAAAAAGGUGGAGGGAAUCACAUAAUGGUCAUGACUCUGAGUUUGUAGAGCCUAAAAUCUCAUACACAGAAAGAAUGGUAUUGGGUUCAUGUCCAAGAUAUGAAUUAGAAAACUUUAUCGAUCUUUAUAAUAAUAUCUUCAGUAAGAAGUUUGAUCUUAAAUUAGCCAAACAAACCGCAUUAAAAGCUGAAAAAUUAUAUUUUAGGACCAGGACAUCUGCAUCACAAGAAUCAAUGAAAAGAAGUAAAGAGGUUAUAGCUUCUGGUUGGGAUGAACAAAAUAUUUAUUUUGGUAAAAAUAUGGAGAAAGAAAAAUUGCUAUUUUUAGCUAAAUUGCAAAACAGGCAUAACAAAGAAACAGUAUUUGAAUUUGCUAGAAAUCCGGAUGACGAAAUGGCAAUCUUUAUGAAGCGUAGAAGACAAAAGUUGGCUCCAAUACAACAGAAGGCAAAGGAAAGAAGAGAACUUCUAGAAAAGGAAAGAUUAGCAGGUUUUUCUCACUCAAUUGAGGAUGAGAUUUUACGAACUGAAAGGAAUUCAAAUUCUAAAGAUAUACUAAAUUCAACAGCUGGUUAUUCAGUCUCUGAGGAGGCUUUAUUAAAAGAGUUCGAAGACGCUGAUAACAUAUUAGAAUCGGAAAAAAGGGGAAAGUUAACAAAGAAAUCUUACAAGGAUCCAAAUUUCUUCUUAAGUCAUUAUGCACCUGCAGCAGAUCUUCAAGAUAAACAAUUACAAUUAACAAGUGGGUUUGUUAAUGAUGCAGCAGAAGCCACAUAUGAUAUUAAUGAUGAUGAUAAAGUACAAAUCCAUAAGCAAACAGUAAAAAUGAAAUGGGAUAAGAAUAGGAAGAAAUAUGUAAACAUGAAUGGGAUUGAUAAUAAAAAGUAUAUUAUUGGCGAAAGCGGGCAAAAGAUUGCAGCAAGUUUUAGAUCAGGUAAAUUUGAUGAAUGGUCUAAGGCCAGAAAGAUAAAACCAUUGAAAGUUGGGGCACGUGAAUCCUCUAUUCCAUCUAAUCUGCUUUCUGAUCCAAAGCUUAUGGGGUUAAGAACUUCAACUGGGAAAUUCAAGCAUAAACAGAUGAAGGCACCAAAGAUGCCAGAUAAAUAUAGGGAUGAUUACCACGCCCAAAAGCAAAAAGUAGCCAAGGCACUGGAAAGAGGUGCUUCUAUCAAGGGUUUCAAUGCACCUGGUAGUAAGAAUGAGUUGAAAUCUACUGAACAAAUCAGAAAGGAAAGAAUUCAAAAGGAAAAGAGACGUGAAAAGAACGCACGUCCUUCUAAGAAAAGAAAAUUAUAG